AUUAGAAGACAAGAAACACACAGAGAGAGAAGGGGAAAAGAAGACUUUGAAAGAGAUCUCCUCCAUUAUAGAAGCUCAGUGAAGCUUUGAUUUAAUAUUCGAUAAAGACAAACGUGAAGAAAGAGCAGACCGAGACAUGCUGGGUGUGGAAAUGUACCCUGGUUUGGCUCUGGGACCUCAGAGAUUGAGCGACUGCUAUUACAGAGAUCGAGAUGUGCCGUUGUACCCGUCCACAUGUGAGAUGGCAGCUCGCGCUCUUCCUCCUGCACUGCUAAAGCCUCAUGCAAACACAGACUCUCCUGCCACUCCACAGGACAGCGUGAGGAUGGAGCUGGAGAACGCGGGUCUGUGGAAGCAGUUCAGCACAGUCGGGACUGAGAUGAUCGUCACUAAGAAGGGCAGGCGAAUGUUUCCUCAGCUGCGGGUGAAGCUAUCAGGGCUGAACCCAUCUCUGCGCUACAUUCUUCUUCUAGACAUCGUACCUGUCGAUUCCUCCCGCUAUCGUUUUCAAGAUAACAGCUGGCAGGUGGUCGGAGGAGCAGAGGCUCGACUGCCGGACCGUGUGUUCAUCCAUCCGGACUCACCGGCGACUGGAGAACACUGGCAGAACCGCACCAUAUCCUUCCACCGGGCCAAACUCACCAACAACACGCUGGACGCACAAGGAUAUAUCAUUCUUCACUCCUUGCAUCGAUACCAGCCACGGGUGCAUGUGAUCGAGGCCCGUGAUGUGCUGAUGUGGGGAAGAACUCAGCACUCUUUCACUUUUCCUGAAACACAGUUCAUUACGGUCACUGCAUACCAGAACAACAAGAUCACCGAACUGAAAAUAAACUCAAAUCCUUUUGCGAAAGGCUUUAGAGAGAAUGGCAUGAACUGCAAGAAGCAAAGAGAGGCAAGGCUGAAGAGGAAAAUUACAUCCAGCCAAGAGGAAUGUUUGGAUAUUGAGUCAUGUGACCCAUGUGAUUCCACGGAGCUCCUCCCACAAUCUGUGGAUCUCCCAAGCUCCGCCCUCACCAUUAUGAACACCGCCCUUCCAAUUACAGACUCUGGUUUUCAUACAGAAGUGUCAUCUCACCCAGAUCAGACAGACUCUGACCAAACUCUUGUCCUUGAACAAGCCUUCUUGACCUCUGAGAUGCCCUCUUCAAUGGAGAGUCAACAACAGACAACCUCUGAAACUAACGUAAACAACGCACUGAUGGAUGAAACCGGUCAAAUGAUGGACCUUUCUGGAUACACAUCAUCUUUCCCAACUCCUCAGCUCAGCUCGCAUACAUCAGUGCCUCAGUCUUCUUCAAUGUAUUCUGUGGUGUCCUCAACGCAGAGCUCAGACCUUGAGCUUCCACAGGCCUCAAGUAUUUCAUCUCCACACUCUAUGCCUGCAUAUUCCUCUAUACCUUCAGCAGAGUAUCCUGGCGUAAAUUCCUCUACAGCUAUGCCUGCAUCUACAACCUCUCUCUCAGACUCAUACCCUUCUAUCUCACACUCCACCUCUUCACACCUUCUCCAAUCUUCAUCCUACCAUUCUCUUCUUCCAACAGACCAAUCCCAAGACAACCUAAGCCCCCAUACACCUACAAAUCCACCUUUCCAAUCAAUCCCUGCUUGUCAAGGUACCAGGUUGACUAUUGACUCUGGCCAAAAUCAGGUGGAUGAUGGAGGUUUGAGCUCAGCCAAUGCGACAACUCCUGCAGUCCCAAACCCAACCCAAACAGCCUUUCCUUUCCCUCCGGUGCAACCCAACAAUGACCCUGAUCCAACAUCCCCUUCAUGUCAAAGUCUACCCCAGUCUGCCUUACCAUAUCAGCAAGUGUCACAAUGCAACCAAAUUCCCACCCCCUCUGAUCCAAAUACAACUCCAACCGCAUUUCCCUUCCCUCCAUCAGAACAGUCCACCCCUAACUCUAUUAUGGUAUCUUCCAAUCCAAACACAACAGCCUUCCCCUUUCCCCCUGUUCAGCAGCAACUCAACUUGAGUACCUCUGGACCUAGUUCUUUUCCAGUUUCCCAGUCCUCUGGGUUAAACGCAAUUCCAAAUCCAGUACAUCCAACAACUGGAUCAUUUUCCUUCCCUUCCACCAGUGCUAUCCAUCAAGGCCCAAUGCAGUCUGUUCCCAACACAUUGCACCCUAGCACAGCAUACACAUUCCCUUCAUCUCUGCCCAAACACACUGGUCCUCUCCCAAACCCUGCACCAACUUCUUACCCCUUCCCAACUCCAAUCCCACCAGGUCCACAUCCUCUCCAGAGUUUGACCCUCCCCUCAUCCUGCUCAAUCCCGAAUACAUCCCAAAUUCAAUCCACCUUUCCCCAGUCAUACCAUAAUCCAUCCUUCUCUCACAUUCCACCCCAAAUGGCAAACCACUCUCAAAUCACUUCCCAGUCCUUUCCCCCUCUCCAAACCUCAAGUGCCCCCCAGUUACUAUCUCAAUCCUCAACUCACCCCCAAUGUCCUCCUCCUUCAAACGCAUACCCUGCCGUAGCUCCAACUGAGAUAGGCACCUUCCCACAACUCAACUCUGCCGCCCCCUAUCUACCAGAUGUGGUACUGCACCCUUCCAUACUUCCUUCUCUCGACCCCUCACUCUCCUCCUCUGCUCCGCCAUCCCUUUAUAACCCAUUUCCUUCCUACUCACUACGUCUUUGCCAGGAUCCUCGGUCCUCCCUGCAUUUACCCCUCAGGCAUAUUUAUAGACAGCCACAACAUGCUCAUGGUCAGGGCUCUUACUUUGACCUUGGAGGACGAACAGUGUUCUGAAGAGAAACAGAAACAUGACAAGCAAGUCAAGAGCUGGCAAGUGACAUGUCUGGUGAUGGAAGCACUGCAUCGGAGGACCUGUGAGACAACAAGAGAUGAACCAAAACACUGUAGUUUAAAGUGUAAAAUUUUAAAGUAAACCCUGAUUCUGCUGUUCUUGAAAUAGUUUCAAUGCUUUUGUGUGGUUUUAUUCAGAGUAAUGCUUGAUGAAGUUGAAUAAUGAUGUAUAUUUUUUUCGUAUUUCUCUUCAUACCCUUGAAUUACCAAAUAAAAUUUUAAUGAGUUUAA